AUGCUCCUGGUUUUGGAGAAACCUGUGAGCUUUAGUCCUCCCACAUUCAUGACUCCAAACCUUGCUGACCAUACUGAAAAUCCAACUAUCGAAGGCGGGACUAUCGCCGGGACGAUACCUUGUGCUUAUGGACUCAAAUGCUGCUAUUUGAGCCCGGACAACGGCAAGUGA